UCAUCUCUCAUUCACACAUUAUCGCAAUGUCAUUAUAUGCUUCACAAUUUCUUAAAAUUCACAAUUUAUUUUAACUACUCCUUACAUAAAUAUUAUUACUUAUAAAGAUCUACGUGUCACUCCCACCUGCCACAAAACAGACAAACGGUCACCAGCCCAUUGCUAACUGACCAACCAGAGCUCCUCCGUUUUGGAGUGACUGAGAAGAAGCAUAGCGGACCAUGGCAGCGCUGUCUCUUAACAUUGCUUUCUCCCCUAACAUUCCGAAAUUCAACAGUGCCACUACCACUGGCAAUCGUACUUCCUUCACACCUCCAUUUCUCGCCAACCGCCAAUGUUACAGGUUGCUGCAAACACGUCAAAAACACAUCGUCUGCUCUGCAAUUUCUGGAUCUCCUGGAAUUGAGUCUUCUGGUUUGGUGAACGAGGAUUUGUUGGAUACGGUGAAGGUGCUUGAUUUGGGGGGAAAUGAAAUCCCAAUUUCCGACUUGUGGAAAGAUAGGAAAGCCGUUGUUGCUUUUGCCCGUCAUUUUGGAUGUGUCCUUUGCCGUAAACGCGCUGAUUAUCUUGCUGCCAAGAAGGACAUAAUGGAUGCAUCUGGAGUGGCACUCGUUUUAAUUGGACCCGGCAGCGUUGAUCAGGCAAAAACUUUCUCUGAGCAAACUAAGUUCAAAGGAGAAGUUUAUGCAGAUACUAGCCACUCAUCAUACGAGGCAUUCCAAUUUGUUUCCGGGGUUUCAACCACAUUUACUCCUAAAGCAGGUCUCAAGAUAAUAGAAUUGUACAUGGAAGGUUAUCGACAAGACUGGAAACUUUCAUUUGAAAAGGAUACUGUUGCUAGAGGUGGCUGGUACGUGAAGCAUCUUUCCACAAUUUUUUCAGCGGCAAGGUGGAAUUAUAGUUGCAGGUCCUGGUAAAACAAAUAUAUCGUACAUCCACAAGGACAAAGAAGCAGGAGAUGACCCAGACAUUGAAGACAUAUUGAAAGCUUGUUGCUCGUGAUGAAAAGACACAUAUCAUAUGACAUACCACUGCCAUCGUGCUCUGUUCACCGAGUUGCUCAACAAAUUUCCAAGAAUAUGCGAGCCUUCCAAGCCAAUGAGUUAUUCCAAGAUGUACUCUUACACAAAGAGAUCAUAGUUUUUCAUUAUUUAUCAGAGUUAAUUCUAAUACAAAUUUACGGUUGCUGGUAAGUAUGUAUGUGUAUUAUCUUAAAGCCACUUUUGCAUCCACUUGAUAAACAGAAAUAAUGAAAAAGUAUCAGUCCGAAUUA